UGCCCCUCUGAGUGACUUCAAGUCUCCUUCCCUUAGCGACCUCGGGGUUGACCUUUUGCCGCUGCCUCUCAGUCCUGGGUUCACAAAAGCCUCCCGUCUGGUCCCCACGCUGCAGGCGUUGCUCUUGACACCUCCAUCCUUGCCAUUCUCCGGGUGUGGGGAGGCACGGGCCCUUUAAGAGCAGCAGGACCGGCGAGCAGAAGCUUGGAAGGGAACGCUGUCGCCGGACUAGCUCCGGAGGACAAGCGCUUGGGACCAGACUACGAGAACCCCGCGAGUUCAUCCAAGUGAGGUCAGGGCGACACCUCAACCAUCGCUCUGCAACCGUGUCAUCCUUUCUGACCCGAGCCUGGCCUUCCUCUACUGCCCGCCCCGGCCUGGCCCCGCCCCGGCCGGGGCCACCGGGACAGGGAGCCCGGGCGCCCGUGCCGCACCGGAGGCAGGUGAGGAGAGCCGGGAGUGUCCACCUCCCGCGCUGCGGCGGCGCUGAGCAUCCGGGUCGAGCAUCCCGGUGGAGCACCUCUGCUGAGCAUCCUUGCGUCUCGCGGAUCGGAGGCGCGUCAAGGUGACCAGGCCGGCUGUGUGAUGGCGGAGAAGGCACUGGAGGCCGUGGGCUGUGGACUGGGGCCUGGGGCUGUGGCCAUGGCUGUGGCGCUGGAGGACGGGACAGAGCCCCCUGUGCUGACCACUCAUCUAAAGAAGGUGGAGAACCACAUCACAGAAGCACAGCGCUUCUCUCACCUGCCCAAGCGCUCUGCUGUGGACAUCGAGUUCGUGGAACUGUCCUAUUCCGUGCGGGAGGGGCCCUGCUGGCGCAAACGGGGCCUCCUCUUUGAGAGUUUUGAGGAUGCCUCUGAUCCAUUAGCCCUCACCAGUGACUCCUCCUGUCCUUGCUGCAGGUUACAAGACCCUCCUCAAGUGCCUGUCUGGGAGUCUGGGAUGAAGGGACAGAUCCUGGUUAAUGGGAGGCCGCGAGAUCUGAGGACCUUCCGCAAGAUGUCCUGUUACAUCAUGCAGGAUGACAUGCUUCUGCCACACCUCACAGUGCUGGAAGCCAUGAUGGUCUCUGCCAACCUGAAGCUGAGUGAGAAGCAGGAGGUGAAGAAGGAACUGGUGACGGAGAUCCUGACAGCCCUGGGCCUGAUGUCCUGCUCUCACACGAGGACAGCCCUGCUCUCCGGAGGGCAGAGGAAGCGCCUGGCUAUUGCCCUGGAGCUGGUCAACAACCCACCUGUCAUGUUCUUUGAUGAGCCUACCAGCGGUCUAGACAGCGCUUCUUGUUUCCAAGUGGUGUCCCUCAUGAAGUCCCUAGCCCACGGGGGCCGAACGGUCAUCUGCACCAUCCACCAGCCCAGUGCCAAGCUCUUUGAAAUGUUUGACAAGCUCUACAUCCUGAGCCAGGGACAAUGCAUCUUCAAGGGCAUGGUUACCAACCUGAUCCCCUACCUGAAGGGGCUUGGCUUGCACUGCCCCACCUACCAUAACCCUGCUGACUUCAUCAUUGAGGUGGCCUCUGGCGAGUAUGGAGACCUGAACCCCAUUCUGGUCAGGGCAGUGCAGAAUGGCCUUUGCACCAUGGCUGAGAAGAAGAGCAGCCCAGAGAAGAAUGAGGUCCCUGCCCACUGCGCCUCUUGCCCUCCGGAAGUGGAUCCUAUCGAAAGCCACACUUUUGCCACCAGUACCCUCACCCAGUUCUGCAUCCUCUUCAAGAGGACUUUCUUGUCCAUCCUCAGGGACACGGUCUUGACCCACUUGCGGUUUAUGUCACACGUGUUGAUUGGCGUGCUCAUCGGCCUCCUCUACCUGCACAUUGGCGAUGAUGCCAGCAAGGUUUUCAACAACACCGGCUUCCUCUUCUUCUCCAUGCUCUUCCUCAUGUUUGCGGCCCUCAUGCCCACGGUGCUCACCUUCCCCUUAGAGAUGGCGGUCUUCAUGAGGGAGCACUUGAACUACUGGUACAGUCUCAAAGCGUAUUACCUGGCCAAGACAAUGGCUGAUGUGCCCUUUCAGGUGGUAUGCCCAGUCGUGUACUGCAGCAUCGUGUACUGGAUGACAGGCCAGCCAGCUGAGACCAGCCGCUUCCUGCUCUUCUCAGCCUUAGCCAUAGCCACUGCCUUAGUAGCCCAGUCCUUGGGACUGUUGAUUGGCGCUGCCUCCAACUCCCUGCAGGUGGCCACCUUUGUGGGCCCGGUCACUGCCAUCCCGGUCCUCCUGUUCUCCGGCUUCUUUGUCAGUUUCAAGACCAUCCCCACUUACCUGCAGUGGAGCUCCUACCUCUCCUAUGUCAGGUACGGCUUUGAAGGUCUGAUCCUGACCAUCUACGGCAUGGAGCGAGGACACCUGACCUGCUUAGACGAUCAGUGCCCAUUCCGGGAUCCACAGAUCAUCUUGCGAGAGCUCGAUGUGGAGGAGGCUAAACUCUACAUGGACUUCCUGGUCUUGGGCAUUUUCUUUCUUGCCCUCCGACUGCUGGCAUACCUUGUGCUCCGGUACCGGGUCAAGUCCGAGAGAUAGAGCCUUGCCCCCACCUCUUCUGGGCAGGAAGCCCCCAGCUCCAGCCCUUUGGGACUGUUUUAAACUUGUAGACUUGGGCAUUGGUUGCUGGUGCAGCUGCCGCCCUCCUCUCCCUCAGCUGCUCCACAGGUUGGCUGUGGGCCUGGGCUCCCAGCCUCAACCCUGGAGGUAGGGCUCCAGCCCUCCCCUUUAAGCCCGGGAGUCUUCCCAAGUUGAUGCAGUUUGUAGCUUCCUCCCUACUCUCUCCAACACUUGCAUGCAAAGACCACUGGGAGGUUGCCGCCCUCCUCUCCGCCCAAAGCAUCCUUCUCUGUGUUUGCCUGGGAGCCCCAGGUUCUCCAGGCCGUGACUUACAAGUGAUCAAAGUGACCCCUUCCGGGGGUCCCCACCACACUAGUGUUUGUAAACUGGGCUGCUAGAAGGUUGGAGUUCCAGGGCUGGGCCCUGGUGGGGUCCCCAGGGAGUCCCAUCAUAGACAUUGGAUGGAGCAAGGAGGGACUCUGGGAGUCUCUUCCUCCUCCUCCCCUUUCCUCCCCCCAACCCACUUUGGCUGAUUUGGACAAUCUGUUGGGACAGAAGCCGGGUUUUCUGUCUGGGUGACCACUCCCAAUCCUGGAGAUUGGAGAGACCAUGGGACGUCCCACUCACUCCCUUCCCUAAACCUUCAGUCAGGGUAGGUCUCAAUGGCACCUCUGCAAUAAUGUCUGUGUCACUUUCCCACCUGCCACUAGAACUGGAGAAUGCACUUUAUAUUCUGGGGGGUGAGCCGGGGAAGCCUCGGUCCUCCCUUUGCUGCUCCUGAGGCUCAGUUCCACGGGCUCCUUUCCCCUCCAGAGUCACAGGCACACAAACGCAAUCAGACAAUCUUAGCCCCACACACGCACCAUCCCUACGGCUCGGAGGAAGACUGAUGGUGGUACCCGCACAGAGCUGACCGUGGCGAUGGGAGGGCCAUGCCAACCUCCUCCUGGGAAUCCCACUUUGGAGGCUAAGAAUGAGGCGGGUGUGACACAGUGUGGCUCUAGGCUCGGCAGGUGUCUCUCUCCCAGUCUUCCCUCUCUCUUGAGCCAGGGGUGGCACUGGGUACUUGCCUCCUGGAGGUCAGGACCCAACAAGCACAAGAAUGGGCAGAGCUGGCUUCAGCCACUGCUCCCCCGUGGCCCUCCUUUUGUGCUCAAAGAUGACACUCGCUCUUCUGCCCCUUCUCCAGCUGCCUGCUGCUCACUCAAACUUCUGUUCACAUAUCUCCUUCACUCUCCGGUCAGCAGCUGGUUCCUGGACAUCAGAGCAGCAGGGCCUGGACACCAAGGUGGCAGACACACCUGGAGCGUGUCUGUUUUCUUGCGGGGGUCCAGGCUCAUUCUACAUCUGAUUUCCCCUCCCCCAGGACUCUCUCCCCAGUCCCUGUGCUCACUCCUCUGUACUUUCUCCAUUACACAGAUGCCAGUUGUAUUUGUGGGAUUUCACUCAUUAUUAAUAAAACCUAUAUUUAUACAGUA